AUGCUCGGCUCCAAAACCCUCAUUUUGACUUCAACUUACCCCGCCGACUUCUCACCGCCACCCACUAGUCGUCAUUACCGCUUACGGCGCCGCUUCAUUACAGCACUGCAUCUCGCGAGUCUGCUGGCCAGUUUGAUCGCCAUUUCACUUUUUGCGGCGGCUAUUCCCCGAUGGAACGCCAAUUUCUUCCACAAUACAGGCCCCAAUAGGGGCGACUGGACCGACGGCAUGCCCCUAGGGCCCCUAAUAUUUGCCUUCGUCUAUCAUGCGAUUGUCCUGGUUCGGCAACGAAGGCAACAGAACUCGCGAUCGACGGAGGAUUCGAGUCUUCGCCCUUCGCUUUCCCGACGAGGUCUGAUUAUACAUACGACGGUCCCUAUUCUUGUCUUGCUCAGCCUUCUUCCGGCCCUGCUCCUCGCCGGCUACGGCUCUUUGUUUCGUGUCUGGCAGCCUGCAGUACGCACACAGUCCGGGAUCCUCGUGUGCAAUAUGCUGAAUAUUUUUACUCGGGAAUGUGCGCCAACGCUCUACGACAUCGGGAACUUGCAGCUUGCAGGCAUCGCAUUUGGGACGGUCGUGUGGAGCCUGCACUUUGCCCUGUUGCUGGUGAGUCUCCGUAACCUCAGGCGCGGCAUGCUGGUCAAGCAGCUCCAGAGGGAGAAGAUGGCGCAGUAUGCCCGAAACGAGCGGAGCUACUCCCGGGGAAGUAGACAAGGCUAUGCCAGUCGACAUGGUCCCACUCCCAGCCACAGUUCGGGCGACCACAGCAGUGCCUGGCCCCAACAUGUGUAUUCAGAGCGAUACCGAGGAAGCGGCUCGCGGUCUAGCCUAAACUCUAAGCCUGGGUCGGGGACAGGAUCAAGAAGCAACUCGCUUACCAUGAAGACUAGCGACAGUCAGCACCGCCGGUCAGCAACAAACGCGCAAGAUCACCAGCAGGUGGUGCCCAUCUGCCUGGUUCAAGCGCCCGAAGAGAGCCACCCACCCGUGUCACACCGGGAUGCGUGA